CAAACACACUUAAAAGCCUAUUUUCCUUUGUGUGUGACUGAAAUGAACGAAACAGCACUACCAUGUUGGAACGAUUCCAUGCAAAGACUUAAAGAGAACCACAAUUCAUUUGCCGCAAUCAGUACACAACAGACGAUCGAAUUAAACAUUUGUUGUCGAAUCUUAUUUUAAAUAUUAUAUUAAAAUUCAAAAGCACGUGCGACAAUUGCAACAAUAAGUACAUUAAAAUGGCUACUACUAUUGGGGACUACAAAUUGGGUAAAAUCCUCAUUGAGGGUAAAACUAAACAGGUUUACGAUCUCCCUGAACAUCAAGGGUUGUGCCUGUUGCUGAGCAAAGACCGUAUUACAGCUGGUGAUGGUGUGAAGGCACACGAUCUGCAAGGCAAAGCGGAGAUUUCUAACACAACAAAUGGACUAGUUUUCGGCAUUCUAAACGAAGCGGGAAUAAAUACGGCCUACGUCAAACCUUGCUCGGGCAAUGCCUUCAUUGCUAAGAAAUGUGAAAUGAUACCCAUCGAGUGGGUCACCAGACGUUUAGCUACUGGUUCGUUUUUGAAACGUAAUACCGGUGUGCCGGAAGGAUACAGGUUUUCACCGCCAAAACAGGAAACGUUCUUUAAGGAUGAUGCCAAUCACGAUCCUCAAUGGUCUGAUGAACAAAUUAUCUCAGCGAAAUUCAAUUUUAACGGUGUCCUAAUAGGGCAAGAUGAGUUGGACAUUAUGAAGCGAACCACUGUACUAGUGUUUGAAAUUUUAGAGAAAGCUUGGGCCACCAGGAAUUGUGCUCUUAUUGAUAUGAAAGUAGAAUUUGGCAUCGAUUCUGAAGGAAACAUUGUGCUCGCCGACAUUAUCGAUUCAGACUCGUGGCGUCUGUGGCCGUCUGGCGACAAACGUUUAAUGGUCGAUAAACAAGUAUAUCGUAAUCUCUCCACAGUCACCGAUAGUGAUCUGGACACAGUGAAACGUAAUUUUAUUUGGGUUAGUAAGCAACUUAAGGACAUAAUACCAGCUAAGGAUCAUCUAGUGGUUAUUAUAAUGGGUAGCGCUUCCGAUAAAGCUCAUUGUGAGAAAAUCUCCACACCUUUGCAACAAUUAGGAGUAAAUACUGAGCUACGCGUUACGUCAGCGCACAAAGGACCAGAAGAGACCUUGCGCAUUAUGCGCGAAUACGAAAGUGUUAUCAAUAAUUUGAUAUUUAUUGCCGUAGCAGGUCGUUCUAAUGGAUUAGGUCCAGUUUUAUCUGGUAGCACCACAUAUCCAGUGAUUAAUUGCCCACCUUUAAAAGCAGAGAAUCUUCAAGUUGAUGUUUGGUCUAGUUUAAAUGUGCCUUCCGGUCUUGGUUGCCCAACUGUGUUAUAUCCUGAGGCAGCUGCGCUUCAUGCGGCACAAAUUUUGGCCCUUUCAAAUUACAUAAUUUGGUCCAAGCUACGCGUCAAACAACUCAAUAACUUUAUUACUUUAAAGAAGGCUGAUAAGCUGGUGCGCGGAGUGCGUAAUGCUUAGAUUACGUGUGCAGAACUGAAUCAUGAGAAUCAUAUUUCUGUAUAAAAUCGGCUUUUAAAGCCAUGCAUUUUGUUGAUUGCCGCUAAUAAAACAUAUACGUAUAUAAAAACCUAAA